UUCUAUGAAUAUUCCUUUUGGUUAAGGUGCGUGCAUCAGGCGUGUUGUUGAAAUAAUUUUUUCAAUAUGGUUCAAAAAAAGAUCAAAAAGAAGGUUGGGAAGAAGGUUGCUGCAGCCCCCCUUGCUGUAAAGAAAGUAGAGCAGAAAAAAGAAGUGAAUCCCCUUUUCGAGAAGAGAACGAGAAAUUUUGGUAUUGGACAAGACAUCCAGCCUAAAAGAGACCUCUCAAGAUUUGUGAAAUGGCCCAAGUACAUCAGGAUUCAAAGGCAGAUGGCUGUACUACAGAAGAGAUUGAAGGUACCACCUCCAAUAAACCAAUUCACCCAGACCGUUGACAAACAAACUGCAACUCAGUUAUUCAAGCUUCUGGAAAAAUACAGGCCUGAAACUGAAUUACAAAAAAAGAACAGGUUAAAGGCACGAGCUGAGGCAAAGGUAGCCAAAGGUACAAAGAAGGAAACCGCUAUUCCUGCUAAACCAAAUACCAUCAAAAGUGGAGCGAACACUGUAACUAAAUUGGUGGAACAAAAAAAAGCACAACUCGUUGUGAUUGCCCAUGAUGUAGAUCCUAUUGAAAUUGUUCUCCACCUUCCAGCCCUUUGCCGCAAAAUGGGUGUACCAUAUUGUAUUGUUAAAGGAAAAGCUCGAUUAGGUUUGUUGGUGAGGAGAAAGACCUGUACUAGUCUUGCUCUUACCCAAGUGGACUCUGGAGAUAGGACCAACCUUUCCAAACUGCUGGAAGUUAUCAAGACCAACUUCAAUGAUCGUGGCGACGAAAUCAGGAAGUUGUGGGGUGGUGGACUUCUUGGAUGUAAAUCUGCAGCUCGUAUCGCUAAAAUUGAGAGAGCAAGAGCCAAGGAAUUGGCACAGAAACAAGGUUAAUUUGAUUAACUAUUGACAAUAACAUGCAAUUGUUUAUAAUAAGGUAUAAAAUAAACAGAAAAAUCAU